CCCUGCCCUCCCCCAUUUUGCAGCUUUGAUGUUGCAACCUAAUGUUUAUGAGAAUCAGUCUAGACUCUCUGAUCUCAGCUCAAGUCAAGACACUGCAUGCAGGAGCUCGAGGCUGCAGUUGCUCAAAGUGUAAGGUGUGAAUUCCAGAUUGAAUUGUGCUACUUCUGCUAGACAACACAGUGCAUGCAUUUUGUCUGGACUCGAUCAGCCAAGACCACACAGAAUGUACGGGUUUAUUUACAGCACCCUGCGGACGCUUGUUGUUAACAAGUUCGGUGCGGACGCUUGGAGAGAGAUUUGCGAGGAGGCUGAAUGUCUCCCGAUUGUGGAUGGGAUAUUGGACCGACAUUAUUACGAUGAGAGCUAUUUAAGCAGAGUGGGACUCAUGGCUCAGGACAAGCUAGGUAUACCAUUAGAGAAAAUCAUGGAGCUGUUUGGUGCUUUCUUUUUUGAGACGUGCAAAAAGUCUGGCCACAGUCGAAUGCUCCGUACGCUCGGACACAACUUGUAUGGUUUCCUGGCAAACCUUGACCCCCUUCACGACCACCUCUCCUACACAUACUCUAAGAUGCAAGCACCCUCCUUCUGUUGUCUGAAGACCAAUGCCGGGCUGACACUUCAUUACUACUCCCAUAGAUACGGAUUGAGCAACAUCGUGCUGGGGAUCGUAAAGGCCGUGGCCAUUGACUACUACUCUCUGGAUAUCACCAUGGAGAUGGUGAAGUACGAGAAGUUGAAGCAGAAGUUAUGUCAUCACUACACUUUCGAAAUUGUGGUGAAAGAGAGCUCUAGAUAUGAGGGCUAUCUUGAACGUCUGUCUGGUGACCGGUUGCUCUCAAAGGCAGUCUCCCCUCUGCCGCCUAAAACCAACCUACCCUCUCCCACUGCUGCACAAUGUCCAUUCAUUAGGAUGGAACCAAGUACCCCCGAUCAUCAGCUAGACAGCCUGAAGGAAAGCACCCCCGAUCAGCUGAAAAGCCUGAAGGAGAGUCUAAUGAGGGCUGGUAUCGCUGAUAACAACGGGGAUCUGCCCUCACCUGUACUGCCUGGGAUAUCAUUCUCACGACUAGCCUCUCGGAGGGCCAGUACUUUUCCAGUAGAGCUCAACACAUGGCCCAUCACACAAGCACUUUUCGAAAAAUGUUUUCCCUUCCACAUCACCUUUGACAAAAGCUUGAGAAUUAUUUCCAUGGGUUCUUCCCUCACUCGAAUGUUUCCUGAGGCCGUCCUCGACAGAGACAUGCUGACGAAGCACUUUGCGCUCCAUCGACCAAUGAUGGAGCUAACAUACGACAACAUAGUUGGAUCGAUGUACAGUAUCUUCGUCUUGAGAAUAAAGAGUUACUCAAUUAGUGGUGAAGAAGUCAACGACAGUAAUGUCAUCCACUUCAAGGGUCAGAUGGUCCCCAUCUCUCGUGCCAGUGAUACUAGUUUGCUCUACCUUGCAUCCCCCCGGGUUACAAGUAUAGAGGAGUUGGAGCAACAAGGACUCUAUCUCAGUGAUAUCCCAAUACACGACGUGACUCGAGACCUUAUUCUACUCAACCGCCAUUUUCGUGUCGAAUUGGGCAUCUCUAAAGAAUUGGAAGAAACAAAGAAAGACCUUCAGAAACAAAAGAUAAUUGCGGAGGAAGAGAGGCUUCGAGCGGACGACCUCCUCCACGCUAUGCUCCCUAAAUCAGUGGCCCAUGAGUUAAAGAAGCAUCGAGAAGUCAGUGCAAUGGUGUUCCCCGAGGUGACGAUUCUGUUCAGUGAUAUCAAAGGGUUCACCAACAUCUGCAACAGAUGCACACCCAUUCAAGUGGUCAAGAUGCUCAACCAACUCUACACACACUUUGAUGGCCAACUGGAGAAGCACAACGUCUACAAGGUGGAGACCAUUGGAGAUGCUUACAUGGUGGCAGCUGGUCUACUGGACACCUCUACAGACCAUGCUGUUGCCAUCACAAACAUGGCCUUUGCUCUGAGAGAGGAGGCUGGGAACGUCAUGGACCCAGUUGACAAUGAACCUAUUAAGAUCCGUAUUGGCGUCCACUCUGGGGGUGUGGUCGCUGGAGUGGUAGGUCGCAAGAUGCCACGCUAUUGUCUGUUUGGGGACACUGUCAACACUGCAUCACGGAUGGAGAGUCAUGGGGAAGCCGGACACAUCCACAUGAGUGGCACCACUUACAAUAUGCUCAAGGACAAAGGUGAACAGUUUGUGUUCUACAGUCGAGGGCUUAUCGAAAUUAAGGGACUUGGACGCAAGCAGACAUACUUUGUGGAGAGGCCGGGUGCUGAUGGUGCAGUCUGUGAGAUCAUCUACGUUAAACCAGACUCCGGUAAUGAGGAUACGAAUGGCUUGAGCUCCAACGUUCACCGGCAGUCUAUUGAGAGUGGCAUGGGUAUUAUGGGUAGCAACUCGUUCAUCAAACUCAGUCAAUGCACCAUUGUUCCCCCACACAACUCGCUGCCAAGUUAUCCCUUUGGGGAGCCACCCUCUACCAACGGACUCAGUCCAAGACCGGAAAUGGUCCGUCCUCCCACACAAGUGAUCCAUGUCUCCCCACGCAUCAGUCCUGAAGGGAGACCGUACGAGGCUAAUGGUCAGAACGGAGUCUCCUCACUGUUUAUCUCCGACCCCCCAAGCACAAGCGUUUCCAAGGAGCAACCACUAACUGAUUCAGCAGCUGCCAGAACUCACUCCAAAGAAAGGAACAAAUGUGUCAUAUCUUGAUUAUUUUUGUAUCUCUAAGUAUGUGUUAUGUGUUCAGAUUUUUAUGUCAUGCCUUCACACCAUGGCUACCAUCCGUGUAUAGUCAGUCCACCUUCUGUUGAGAAUGCUCUACAAUUUGUUGA